AUUGCCGUACAUGGUAAAAGAGAUUUCGCAAUCGGCUCUCUUCCAUGUUCUAAACAAAAACAGUCGGAGCUCAAACACAGACGGAAUUAAACUCCAACUUUCUGCGUUAACUUUCUCCACUUUGACGGAUGGUCGACUCCACCGCCGCCCCGUGAAGGCGCCACUGAGGUGAAGAAUCUGUCCCCGUUUCAUCUGCACACCUGAGGAGACUCAGAGACCAGCACCUGCAGGCAACCCCUCCAAAUGAGCCGGCCGUCGCAGCCGAAACUAACCACAGCUGAGCACAACGGCGUGAGCGUCAUCCAGAGUCAGGCCCACGCCAACGUCACCGCGUCCUCCUCGUCCCUGCAGCAGGUCCCCCAGCUCGUCCCCGCUAACCCUUCGGCCGGAGGCGGCAAGGCCCUCCCCCCGAGCAAGAUGAAGAAGCCCCACGCGGACAAGGACAGCGACGAGUACCGCCAGCGGCGCGAACGCAACAACCUGGCGGUGAAGAAGAGCCGCAUGCGCAGCAAGCAGAAGGCGAUGGACACGCAGCAGCGCGUCAACGAGCUGAAGGAGGAGAACGAGCGGCUGGAGGCCAAGAUCAAGCUGCUGAGCAAAGAGCUGAGCGUGCUCAAAGACCUCUUCCUGGAGCACGCCCACAACCUGGCCGACAACGUCCAGCCGCCCGCCGGCGCAGACGGCUCCAGCCCCGCCCCCACCAAUGGGCAGUGAGGGGGGCGGGGCCACAGGAAUGUUUGAUUUCAGGGGCAUUCGCCUGCUGCAGCUUUUCUGGAAACUUCUGUCACUCUUCACUUUGGAAACACGGCCUCGCGUCUUCUUCACUGCUUCUCUUUGGUUUCUCCUCUUUAAUCUGUUAGUCAGGCAGUUAAUAAAGUUUCCUGUGAUUUUAUUAUUAUUUUAUUGAAUUCAGUCAGUUUGACUAUAAAGGCUUUUAAAGUAAAACAGUUCUAACUUCUAACAUUCAGUUCUGGGACUUGAUGUGAUCCAACAGACCGGACUGUCAUCAUGUGAUCGCUCACAUCUUAUUGAUUGGUUGAUUGGAGGAAUGCGAGGACGUGUGAGCUCCUACAAACUGAGAGGUCGUCCAGAAGGAUUCACGCCGAGUGGAUCAGAGAAACUGGAGCCGCAGACGUCUGUAGGGCCCGAAACACUUCCUGUGGGCUCAUUUAAGACAGACCCGGACUAAGCAGCUGCAGCGAUGCAGGACGAUGAUGAUGAUGUAAAUUCUUAAAUUCCCUUUUUCAGGAUGUUUUUUUCUUCUGUGGUUUUGAAAAGCGUCUCGUUAAGAAAACCUGGUGAGAGUUUUUAAGCUUGUUCGUACGACUUUCACUACAUGUUGGUGUUUCAUGGACGCUCCUGUUCCUCAGCCCGGGUCUGACUCGCACCCCGGACCCUGUCUCAGUGAGACCCGGGCUGGGAACAGGACUGUCAUUCACUCAGUCCACGUCCACACUUUAAUGUUGGUCUCCUGCAGAGAGGAGGGGGCGGGGCUUAAUGUGACUACCUGGGUCUCUCUGUCAUAUCUGUGGCUGACGUGUCUGUGUGUGUAAAUAUGUUCACAGAAUACAACUUAAAGAUGUUUUAUUAUUAUUAUUAUUAUUAUUAUUAGAGCUUUAAAUGUGUCUUCAAUUCACUUUCAUGUUUGAAUUCAACGUGCUGCGUCUGAUGAUGUCAUGAUUUCCAGGUGAUGCAGUUAUUAAUUAUUCCUGAUGAAUCAAUUCUUCAUCUUUGAUUGGUGAUAAAUCGUCUGGUUAUUGAUGACGUCUGUUUGGAGGAAACGACCACAGAUAUGAUGUCAGACCGGGUUUGUGUUUUAAAAGAGAUGUGCUGGAGUAACCUCUGAGUCUGACCCCGCCCAGCCCUCCACCUGGCGGGGCGUCACGGUCCAGACAGGCGUGUGUUUGUGGUGCUGGGCGGACCCAGACGCCUCGGAGGCAUCGGGCGCUUCAGGCGAGCAGAGGCUUGAAUUAAAUCCAAUCUUAAACCGGGUCCGGCCGUUAGCGCCUGCUAAUGAGGUUGGAACAGAUCGGGACAGGCCCCCCUGCCUGCCAGCACGCCACUGAGGGGGGGGCGUGUCUUCACCAUGUUGUUGUCAGACUUUAUAAUUAUGUGAGCUUAGUGCGGGCGUGGAGUGUUUUCCACAGGAUUUGUCUGUCAGGAGUUUCACCUCCCUGCAGGAAUGUUGUCUGUCUGAGUCCUGCUGCUCCCGAGCCCCUCAGCGUCCCCUCAGCGUCCCCUCAGCGUCCCCUCAGCUCCUAUCAGGUGGGCACUUUGUAAACCAACGCUGAUCGAUUUGUUUUGAACUCCGUUAAGUUCUUUUUCUGCCAGUCUGCAGUCACAAACACGUGAAAACGUUAACAGCAUAUAGAGCAGGUUCAUGUGUCUGUCUCUCAACACUACAAUACCCAUGAGCCUCGGCUGCUGUUGCUAUGGUGAGGAAGCCGGUCAGACGGCGCUGCAGUUACUGACUUCAUCCAGAGCGUGACCUGAUUUAAACUGCGGCUCUCUGUUAGCUGAAUGUCGAGCUGUGUGAUGUUUGUCAGUGAAGUGCACCCUGGGAGUCGUAGUUCACUUUGCUUCUGUUGUGCAGGGUCCCUGUUGCUCUGUGUUUACAGACAAGCAUCAGCUCCGAUCACGUUUGCUUCGUUAGCGCAGGUUGAACCUGUGACGGGAACGUUGAGGGAACGUUCGCCGCAGUGGGCGCGGCCUGCGUCUUUUUCACUUUUCUAUCGUUUGUUUUUCUACACUUUGAUUCCAAAAAGCAGCAUGUUUGUAGAGAACUCUUUGCAUGGGGGGGGGGUGUCUGUUUCUGUGUUCUGCUUCGGUCUGAAUGUUGCUGGGCAGCAUUUCUGUCGUCACUCAGCUUUUUUAUAUCGGAGGAAUCUGGGCUAACGUGCAUUGUAAAUUAAAAUUGAGUAUAAAAGUUCAA